GUCACCCCGCCCCGACACUCCAUUGGCUCUUGGGCUUAAUCGCGCACCAGACACCGGUGAGCUCGAAGUGGCAUAAAUUUCGCGUCUUGCGGUGCUUGCAGCAGACGACGGAGGACCCAGGAGCAGACGACUGUCAACAGAGUAUUUUUUUCUGUGAGACUGUAAAAGAGACAGAAGAUUCAAUAGCCGAUUCUUGAGCAUGAUGGACCACGUCUACCAAACCCGUUCGCUGGGAGUUGGGAGCGAAGGAAUUCCGGACCAGUACGCGGACGGAAGAGCUGCUAAGGUGUGGGAACUCUACAUCGGAGAACGCGAGAAGCGCACGGAUCACUACAAAAAGUUCCUCUCUAACAAACUACGAGAGCUCGGGUGUCAUCACAUUCUCGAUGUCGCAUGUGGUACAGGCGUUGACUCCGUGCUGCUGCUGGAACAGGGCUUCAAGGUCACAAGCGUGGACGCCAGCGACCGCAUGCUGAAGUAUGCGCUCAAGAUACGCUGGAACCGCAGGAAUGAGAAGGUCUUCAAUGACUGGGUGAUCGAGGAGGCCAACUGGCUCACGCUUCCCGACGACCUGGUGAAGCCGUCGUCGGGCGGCUUCGACGCGGUCAUCUGCCUCGGCAACUCGUUCAGCCACCUGCCGGACUCGCGUGACGCUCCCGGAAGCACCCACCGACGCGCCAUCGCUAACUUCCGCGAGAUGCUCAAGCCCGGCGGCUACUUGGUCAUCGACCACCGCAACUACGACCACAUCCUCGACCACGGCACUACGCCCACGCACAGCAUCUACUACAACAGUGACCACAUCAAGGACAUCCAGACCUCGGUUCUGUACGUGGACAGAAAACCCUCUAUGGUCAUCUUGGAUUACGUCAUGGAUGUAUCCUCGUUGAAGAGCAAGUUCGACUGCACAGACAGCGAGUACAGCAAGAAAGGGCGGCUGUCUGGAGAGCCGAUAAACAACUUCCGGCUGUCGUACUAUCCGCACAGGCUGUCGGACUUUACCAAACUCCUCGAAGAUUCCUUCGGCAAAGAGGCCCAGCAUGAGAUCUAUGGGGACUUCAAACCACUGAGCACAGAUUAUGUACCAGCCUUUUACAUCCACAUAAUUCAGAAAGUCUGAUUUGUGGCUAAGGAAUGCUGAAGAUUCACUGACUACACUUAAUCAGUGGAGUGUGCAUGCACUGUUAAUUGCUAUUAUAUAGCAAAUCCUAUUACCUUUUUUUUUUUAAUCUACACAUAAAUGUGAAUAAAAUUGAGCCAAUGUAA